CCUACGUCGCCGCUCCGCGCGCGUUCGUCAUGGCUGCUGCCUUGGCGCUUCGCAGCUUGUACAGGGCACGACCCACGCUGUGCCGUCCCCUCGCGGAGCUGCACUGGCCCCCACGGCGUGGGCAUCGGCUCACGCCUGCGGACGACGAGCUGUAUCAGCGGACGAGCAUCUCACUGCUGCAACGCGAGUCCCCGAACGUCAUGUACAUCGACAGCUACAACAUUCGUGGCUUCACCAUUAAUGGCAACCGCGUGCAUGGCCCCUGCGCGCUGCUCCCGCAUUCCGUGGUGCAGUGGAACGUGGGAUCCCACCAGGACAUAACCGAAGAGAGCCUCUCCCUCUUCUGGAUGCUGGAGCCCCCAAUAGAGAUUAUCGUGGUGGGGACUGGAGACCGGACAGAGCGGCUGCCACCUGAAGUGCUGCGAGGCAUGAGACAGAGGGGCAUUGCGGUAGAAGUGCAAGACACGCCCAAUGCCUGUGCCACUUUCAACUUCCUGUGUCACGAAGGCCGGGCCACGGGAGCUGCUCUCAUCCCUCCCUCUGGAGGGGCUGCACACACAUCUCUGGCCCAGGCUGCAGAAUGAACCACUGGGAGCCAGCCUCUCCAAGGCCCUAGCCCCUUUUGUGGGGUACAAGAGCUCUGAGUAGCCCCUCCUUAUGUCACAUUUACUAGACCAUAAUAUAACUAUUCCUCUUACUUUGGA